AUGAUUGACUUCAGUGAUAAUAAAUUACAGGGGAAGGUGCCAAGAUCAUUGGCAAAUUGUACCGAGCUUGAGAUUCUUGAUCUCUCAAAUAAUCUGUUUGACGAUACAUUCCCCUUGUGGUUAGGAGAUCUUACAAUCUUACAGGUUCUCAUCUUGCGAUCCAACAAAUUCUAUGGUGCAAUAGGGAAUCCCAAAAUUAAGUUAGAGCUACCAAAUUUGCACAUCAUUGACCUCUCUCAUAAUGGUUUUACAGGUAAUUUGCCAUCAAAAUACUUUCAAAGUUGGAAUGCAAUGAAAUUUCUUGAUGUCGAUAAGAUGAAAUAUAUGGGCACAAUCAUUGAUGUUGGCGGGAACAAUGACACCCAAUGGAGUUACGACUAUUCGUACACAAUAAGCAUUAUAAACAAGGGUGUAAAUACAGAAUACCAGGAGAUCCCGAAUAUCUUCACUGCCACUGAUCUCUUAAGCAACAAAUUUGAAGGGGUGAUUCCAAAAUUUAUUGGAAACCUUAAGGGGCUUCAGCUCUCGGGAGAAAUCCCUCAGCAACUGGUACUUCUCACUUUCCUUGAAUUUUUAAAUGUCUCAAAUAACCAUCUCACUGGACCCAUUCCACAUGGGAAGCAAUUCAACACAUUCGACAACAAUUCCUACAAGGGGAAUUCAGGAUUGUGCGGAGACCCUUUAUCAAGGAAAUGUGGAAAGUUAGAGGCACCACCACCAUCGAACUCGGAACAAGAUAAUGAUUUAGUGUUCCCAAGUAAAGUUGAUUGGAUUUUCAUAUGCACGGGAUAUGUGAGUGGGAUAGUAGUCGGGGUGGUUAUUGGGCACACAAUAACCACAAGGUAUCACAAAUGGUUCAUCGAAAAUUUUGGAAGGAAACAGCACAAGCUGAGAAGGGAGAAAAGGAGGGGACACGGAAAUCGAAGUUGA